GUCGAAGAGACAAUGACUAAAAAUAAGAAGAAGAAGCUCAAGAGAAAAAGGAAGAAGCAGCGUGAACUGCUGGAGAAACAGCUGUCAGAGAUGGAAGGUGUAGCUGUUGAUCCCAGUGCUGUGAAUGGAUUUUUAGCUUCACCGACAUCUAUAUGUUCUUUUCCUGGUUACGAGAACAGGCUUUAUAACCAGUUAGGUUACAAAAAAAAAAAUCCGGCUUAUCCGCAACAUAUUCAUUAUGAAAAUAAUAAUGGUAAUCUGAGUGCAAGAGUUAAUGGAAGCGCUAAGCCAAGUGGUGCUGUGCUUACUCGUAUGUUAAGCGCUCCAUCUGAAGGCAGUUAUGACGUUUAUCAGUACUAUAAUUUGGCUCAUUUGACCCCUAGGAACAACACACAGGUGGACGAGAAGGAUUUGGCUGUAAGACAGUUUGAACGUACUAGCGAUAAUUUGGAUAUAAAUGGCAUGACUUUGGACGAUAGAAAAGUGGAGAGAUUAUCUGUUACGCCGGAAGACAGUGGGGACUUCCUUGUUAAACGAUCUUAUGCAGACUUUGAGGGACCCCUUAGAUCGCCUUUGGAACCUGAAUAUAAGCCGAUCACUGGUGAGGGUGAACUGCCUAUACCAUUUAGGCGAGUUGAUCCUGAUUACUUGGAUCCUAAUACUGAAAUUAAUGUCAAAAUUGCUGAUCUUGGGAAUGCAUGUUGGACGCACCACCAUUUCACCGAAGAUGUUCAAACUCGCCAGUAUCGUAGUUUGGAAGUCCUCAUUGGGGCAGGCUACGGGCCACCUGCCGAUAUUUGGAGCACAGCGUGCAUGGCAUUUGAAUUGGCAACUGGUGAUUAUUUGUUCGAGCCUCAUAGCGGCGAAACGUACACUCGCGACGAGGACCAUUUGGCACACAUAAUUGAGCUUCUUGGACCGAUAUCACCUAAUGUUUUUAAAAAAGGACUGCACUGGAGGGAAUUUUUUAAUAAGAAUGGUCGUCUGUUGCAUAUAAAACAGUUAAAACCAUGGUCUUUGGAAGAAGUACUAGUUCAAAAAUACGAUUGGCCAGAAGAAUCGGCACUUGAAUUUGCGUCAUUUUUAAAGCCGAUGUUAAUUUUUGAUCAAGAACUGAGAGCCAGUGCGCGGCAGUGUUUAGCACACGACUGGUUGAAACCGAAGAAGCCAGUAAUCCGUGCUGUCUUCCUUCCACCGGAAGUGGACUUAAAUGAUGAAGAUGGCUCUGAGUUCGGCGCUGAGAGCAACGGGUCAGCUGAAGACGUUUGUUCGAGCGAUAAAACGUUGUCAGGAUUGACCUGCCAGGUGGCCUGUUGUGUAUGGGUUUGCCGUUUGUGGCUUGACCUGUCCGUUGAUGAAGGAAUACUGGUCAAGCCUUGCGUCGGUAUAAGGGCAUUGAUACUAAGGCUUGGCUGUUUUGGGGGUGCAAUGUGUAUCAAUAUGUACAGUGGAUCUCAUAAAGAUAUGAGGGGGAUCGCUGGUGCCCAAGUGCUCUCUGUAGCACUAUUCCAGAAGAGCGUCGUGAACGUCGUAACACUGUCACCAAGCAAGUUGUUCUCAUCUCGGAAGGUGGGGUGCGUUGUCUUGAAUAGGUAG